AUGAGAGCAUCAUCACACUUGCUUAAACAACACUGCUCCUCCAAACGAGCAUCAGGUAAAAAACUGUUGAGUAAUACUGUUGCUUCUGUACUUGGUACAACAGCAAAUGGCAGAGCCUUGUCAAGUACCAUUGUAUCAUCAUCAAUCAAGAAUAAUUUAUUUGCCAACAAGAAUAAUUUAUAUAACAAACCAAAUCAUUCCAAGAGAAGCUUUUCGACAAGUUUAUUGUCCAGAAAUGAAGAAUCUAUGGAAGAAGAACCAAUCGAAAGAGAAGUUAUGGAAUAUGACGUUGUAAUUGUUGGUGCAGGUCCAUCUGGUUUAUCUUGUGCAAUUAAAUUAAAACAAUUGGCACAAGAAUCGGGAAGUGAUAUUAGUGUAUGUGUUUUGGAAAAGGGACAAGAAGUUGGAUCUCAUCUCUUAUCAGGUGCAUGUAUGGAAACACAUUCACUUGAAGAAUUAUUCCCAAAUUUCAGAGAACUUGAUGUACCUUUCUAUACACCUGCCACAAAGGAUAGAAUGUUGUUUUUGACAGAGAAGAGAGCAUUACCUUUACCAACAAUUUCCGAAAUGAAUAAUCAUGGUAAUUACAUUGUUAGUUUGGGUCAAAUUGCCAAAUGGUUAUCUGAACAAGCAGAAGCUUUAGGAGUUGAUAUUUUACCAGGUUUUUCUGCUGAUCAAGUCGUUUAUGCUGAUGAAAAUAAUGAUAGAGUCAUUGGUGUCAUCACAAAGGAUGUUGGUAUCGGAAAGGAUGGAAAGAGAAAGGACAAUUUUGAACCAGGUAUUAUGCUUCAAGCAAGACAAACAAUUUUCUCUGAAGGAUGUAGAGGAUCACUCACUAAAACUCUUUAUGCCAAUCAGAAAUUUAAAUUGAGAGAAAAUUGCACACCACAAACUUUUGCUCUCGGAGUUAAAGAAUUAUGGGAAUUUCCAGAAGAUCACCCAACAUUUGACAAGGGACUUAUUACACACAGUGUUGGUUAUCCAUUAGAUGCUCACACUUAUGGUGGUUCAUUCAUGUAUCAUUUCAAUGCUGAUGGUGCCAAUAGAGUUGCUCUUGGUUUAGUUACUGCAUUAGAUUAUGAAAAUCCAACUCUCAGUCCAUAUAAUGAAUUCCAAAAACUUAAACAUCAUCCAGAAUUUAAGAAAGUUCUCGAAGGUGGUAAAUGCAUUUCAUAUGGAGCUAGAACUCUCGUUGAAGGUGGUAUUCAAGCUCUUCCAAAACUUUCAUUCCCAGGUGGUGUUUUAAUUGGUGAUACUGCUGGUUUCUUGAACGUUCCAAAGAUCAAGGGUAUUCACACAGCCAUGAAAUCUGGUAUUUUGGGAGCUGAAAGUGUUUUUGAAGCUCUUACAAAGGAUCAAGUUGAAGCAAGUACAUUCCAAGAAAGAUUCAAGAGUUCUUGGUUAUACAACGAACUCUACAAGGAAAGAAAUAUUAGAUCCUAUUUCAAAUAUGGUCUCUAUCCUGGUCUUUUAUUGGCUGGUGUUGAUUCAAUUGUUUUUCGUGGAAAGACACCAUGGACUGUCAAGAUGGAAACUUUAGAUAAUGAACAUACCAAACCAAUUUCUGAAGUGAAAAAGAUUGAAUAUCCAAAACCAGAUGGUGUUAUCAGUUUCGAUUUGUUGACUAAUCUCCAACGUUCUGGAACCAACCAUAAUCACGAUCAACCAGCUCACUUAAAGUUGAAGGAUGAUUCCAUACCUGUAAAUGUUAACCUCAAAGUUUAUGGUGGUCCUGAACAAUACUUCUGUCCUGCCCGUGUGUAUGAAUUUAUUCCAGAUGAACAAGGAAAUCAAAAGCUCAAGAUUAAUGCCCAAAAUUGUCUCCACUGUAAGGCAUGUGACAUUAAGGAUCCAAAGCAAAAUAUUAACUGGACUGUCCCUGAAGGUACUGGAGGUCCAUCCUAUCUUAUUAUGUAAAUUUUUGUUAAUUAAAUAUUUAUUUAUGGUGUUUUUGUAAA